GGUUCAUCAUUCAUUUUUGUCAUUAUUAUUUGUCAUGGAAUGGAUAUCGGCGACUUCGUUUCGCUUUGGUUGGAUGCCCUUGCUUUUUUCUUGCAUUGUAAUUAAAAAUCAUUUCGUUUUGUAACUAUUGUUCGUCACCAAAGUUCUUUAGUGUAUUUUCAAUGAGGUGUUACUAAUAAAAUUCUUCAAAGAUUUAUAAUCAAUGCUGCUGUGCUCUGAAUAUGGCUGACGAAAGACUUGUGGUCUUGAAGCGUAGUGACAAUUUGGGAUUCGGAUUCUCUUUACUUGGUGAAGCCGGUUUGCCACACAUUAUAUACGAAAUCGAAGAAAACUCUCCAGCUGCUCGUAGUGGUGAGGUAGAGGCGGGAGACGUAUUGCUCAAGGUCAAUGGGACUGAUGUAAACCGGUUCACUACCCGAGAAGUUUUAAAAUGCUUACGACUUUCAUCGGAUCCCGUCACUUUAAGACUGAAAAAGGACCCACAGAUCAAAGCGAACGUAAGGCGGUACCUAUCUGCUGCAGCGGAGCGCCGGUCCAGCUUGCCACGCGUCAACCACGACAAACCAAGUUCCCCGCCGUCGAGUAACUCGAAUAGCAACAGCAACUCAUCGAGCAACUCGUCAAGCAACGGCUCGGGCGUGCAGUCCGGCGACAGCUGCGAGGCGCUGCUGACCGACGAACGGGCGCCGCGGCGACCGCGCACUACACAGCCCAAGUUCGAGGCCUACAUGAUGACCGGCGAUCUCAUGCUCAAUCUGUCGCGCGUUGAACACCCCCACCACAACCACCAUGCGCCCACACAUCGCACGCACUAUCACAGAUACAACUCGACGCCGGCGUCGCCGUGCGAGAGCCGCGCGUGCGGGCGCGCGGAACUCGCGCAGCGGCACAACUCGUCGCCCGACACCGGCCUCGGCCACGCCGCCCUGCACGCCGCGCGCUCGCCCAUCGCCUUCAGGUUUAUAUCGCAGCCCGCGUCGCCGGCGGGCGGCGGCGCGUCCACGGGCGAGAUAUCGUCUGCGCGGCCGCCGCACACCGUGCGUACCUCGCGCUCUGAAGACCAUUUACAGUUUCAGAAGGAGUCGUCGCUGAGCGCCGUGGCGGUGGACAUGGAGGAGGACGUGACGUCAUCGCUGAACACGUUGCUGGACGCGCGGCCCGACUCGGCCACGCCCGCGCCGCGCUCUGACUCGGACGCCGAACGGGACAGGAUCGUGUGGACGUACAACGCGCCGGUGUCGAGCGCGACGGAACGCGCGUGCAACGGCUCCGCCGCCACCUCCAACUCCACCUCCACCUCCAUAUCCGACGGCAUGUCGCAGAGCAGAUCGUCGUCGCCCGCGUCGCCCACGUCCGUGUCGUCGUCGGUGAUGUCAUCGCGGGCGACCCCCCCGCACCGCCCGCCGCCACACCCCCACCGACCACUCAAUGGAGACAUGAGCCUCUCAGAAGCCGUGUCCAACAUAUCUAGUCCAGACUACCAAGAUCAAGACGACAUGUUUGAGACGGGUCGAGACUGUCCUCGUAUGGAACUCUCUGACCCCUCAGACUCAGACUCAACCAUCCUCGUCUCCGAACCUUGCCACAAACGAGCCAAGUCUAACUCCACAUACUCAAACGAACAUGGCAGUGAUGUCACGUUAAACGGUGAUCACAACACGGAUUAUAGAAUUGUUAUACAAGUUAAAGGGCCAGACAAACAAAACUCUAAUACUAAUGAAAAUGUAAAUAAUAAUAAUAACAAUAAUAGUAACUAUGCACAGAACGGAAAGGAGAAUGGUCAUAAUUCACCAGAGAAUCAAGGAUACCAGGAAUUGGGUAGCGGUUCGGACGGUGGGUCAGACGAAGGCUCGGACGGCGACUCACUGCACUCGUUCCACUACAGCCCCAAGGCCGUCGACAUCCCGUCCGCCGAGCGCCUCGCCAAACGCCUCUACCACCUCGACGGCUUUAAGAAGUCCGACGUCUCCAGACAUUUGAGUAAAAACAACGAGUUCUCGCGCGCGGUGGCGGAGGAGUACGUGCGGCACUUCUCGUUCGGCGGCGCGACGCUGGACGCGGCGCUGCGCUCGUUCCUGGCGCGGUUCGCGCUCAGCGGCGAGACGCAGGAGCGCGAGCGCGUGCUCGUGCACUUCUCGCGACGCUACCUCGAGUGCAACCCCGGCUCCUUCAACUCGCAAGAUGCGGUGCACACGCUGACAUGUGCGAUCAUGCUGUUAAACACGGACCUGCACGGCGGCGGCGCGGGCGCGUUCCGCCGCAUGUCGUGCGCGGAGUUCAUCGACAACCUGGCCGACCUCAACGACGGCGACAACUUCCCGCGUGACACGCUCAAACACCUCUACCACGCCAUCCGCACGCAGCCACUACAGUGGGCGCUCGACGCGGAGACGGGCGGCACGGAGACGAACGCGAGCGGAGGCGCGGCGGCGGCGACGGCGGGCGGCGGCGGCGGCAGCGCACGACCUGGUGCCAACCCGUUCCUGGACGUGCCCGACCAGGCACGCGCCGUCGAGUACAAGAAGGGCUACGUCAUGCGCAAGUGCUGCGUCGACGCCAAUGGCAAGAAGACACCAUUCGGACGGCGCGGCUGGAAAAUGUUCUACUGCACGCUUCGGGACUUGGUGUUAUUCCUACACAAGGACGAGCAUGGCUUCAGGCGGAACCAGAUGUCGGAUAACCUACACAAUGCGAUACGAAUACAUCACGCCCUAGCGACGAAAGCAACGGACUACACAAAAAAACAGCACGUCUUCAGAUUGCAAACUGCAGACCAAGCUGAAUAUUUAUUUCAAACUAGCGAUUCCAAAGAGCUGUGCUCGUGGGUGGAGACUAUCAACUUCGUAUGUGCGGCGUACUCGGCGCCGCCGCUGGCCGGCGCGGUCGGCUCGCAGCGCAAGUUCCAGCGGCCGCUGCUGCCCUGCACGCACACCAAGCUCUCCAUGCGCGAACAACUAGCGGAGCACGAGGAGCGCAGCGCCCGACUGGAGGAGGAGCUGGCGGCGCUGCGGCACGCCCGGGACAACUCGCCACACGCGCGCGACAAGGAGCACUACCUCGUCUAUGAGGUGAAGCGGUACCGCACGUACGCGUACGUGAUGCGGUCGCGCUGCCCGAGCGGCCCGCGCCCGACCGCGACCGCGCGCCGCUCGCGCCGCCGCCCUGACGCGCCAUGGCGGUAUUCGCCGCCUGCGUCCUGUGACUGGUGCCGCGCCGCCGCCGCCGCCGCCGCCGCCGCCGCCGCCCAGCCUGCUGCGCGCUCCUCUGCCUCGCCGCCUCGGCGCCGCCGGCGUGCAGCGACGACGAAUCCUCCUCGCUCGGCCUACGGUAGUGUGACGCGGCCCUCCGAUUCGCGGCAAACCGCUUGAGCGAAACCAUCAACAGCCCUCCGACUGUAUAAACGUUUAUAUAAUUUACCGUGGCGUAGCACUGUGUUGUACGACUUUACCGUCACAAUAUAAUAAGAGAACAAAACAUGCAAUUUGAGUUUCUAUGCACAUCUACAAUCGAGGGUAAUUAGAAACUAUUUUCGUGCAUAUUGCUCUCUUGUUAUAUCCUAACAGUAAAAUUAUGCAAUAUCAUGCCAUGAUACAGUAAAUUAAAGAACGUCCUCCAGCUCCUACCAAAUUAGUAGGGUGACUCUAAAAUAAAAGAGUGAAGCCUUCAUUCUCUAAUCUGAUCACCUGAAUUAUUGUAAACGGUUUCGAUGUUAUAUAAAAAAAAUAUUGAAUCUUGCGCAGUAGUAUGUAUAAUUCUUACUGCACAGGGCUUGUUACUGAAAUUGCGUUCAAGUUGUUUGCCCCUAUCUGUACGUAUGUAUAUUUUUAACGCCGUGCUCCAUAUUCAACUCGACCGACGUUGCGGCUCAACAAACUCUAUUUCUUUAGAGUAAGCGAAUUAGAAUAUUAAGGGUGCCGUCAUAGUGUAGGCCAGCGAAGACCGGACACGGCGCCGACGGGGGCCGAGCGCGGCGCCUCUCCCGCUCGCCUCAAGACUGAUAUCGAUUCGCAUUUUACAUUCCUUCGCCGACAUUAAAACGAUCACAGGUUCUGGCAGCUCCCGCGGUUUGGCGGCGGUGUGCUUUACUAACUAGACAUUAUUAGGUAUGUGUUAAAAUUAAAAAUUUUAAUAUCGAUUCAUCUAGUCUUGUCUUCCUUGCGAUAUACAUAUUACCAAUGGAUAUUCGAUGAUCACGUUAUUAUACCUACUUUGUUAUGGAGAUGCAUCAUACUUCAGUGUGAUACACUGCAGCGAUCGACCUGCGAAUACUAUGGAGGGGGAUGCGAGUCUGUUAUUGUAAUACUCAGAAAUAUUGUCUUAGUUUUGUAUCAUGUUGCAAAAUUAUUUCCUUGGCCUUGGUGUUUUAAACGAAUUUAUAUUAUUUGGUAUAAUUAAAAUCAAAACUAUUAUGAUGAAGAUGCAUUUCGAUAAAGAAUGAAUUCUAAAAAGAACUGUAAAUGUGUGUAUGUAAGGAAUCAUUGUUACUAUAAUGUGAUGCCAGAACGUGCUGGCGAUUAUACGCUUUAAUUAUUCUCUUUUAUAAUCACAAACAUUGGCUUCAUUGUUGUAAUAAAAUCAUUCACCAUUCCAUUUAUCCAUAUUUUCUUAGAGUACGAGGGAGAGCUGGCUAGGUUUAGGUGUUGAGCGUAUCAUUGGAAGUUUUUGACUCAUAUUGUUUUAUAUAGUUUCAAAACACCUAAAUUAUUACAAUAUUGUAAAUACAUUUUAAAGAGACUGAUAUAAGUGAAGUUAUUUAUUUUGUUUGUAAAUCCGCCAGUGUCAAAUAUUAGAUGUCGAUAGUAAAUGAUAAUACAUUACAGUAGGAUCUCAGGUGUAAUAAUUACAGCUCUAAAAGGGAAUGUACUAGAUGUAUAUCAUGAUAACACCUAAUAUCGGUGAUAUGUUUGGCCGAAACGGUCGUGUGGAUUUUAGGUAACUAGUGCUGUUAAAUUUUUGUAUUGUAAUUUGAUUAUGAUCGAUUAAUUUGUUUUAUAAAAAAUAUAAGUCUUUGGCUAUUGUACAAAUCACUGUUUAAUACGCCUAUUAAGUAUGGAAGGAAGUGCUAAGUUUUAGUUAUUUUGAUGACAUCAAAUACAUUUGUAUCAUGUGAUACAUGCAAAUAAUACAGUAGUAACAGGCGACCAAGAUAAAAUGUGAUUGUCUUAGAGUCAUUAUUAAAAAUACUUGUAUAUCAUUGAGUAGCUAUUGUUAUGGACAGAUUUACAUUGGAUUAGUUAUCGACUACGAAGAUUGGCUUCGAUUAAGAUCCACUGACCCCAUAUUAUCGGUGCAGAUACUAAUAAAGCCUAUAACCAAUGCAAUGUAAAUUUACCAUAAUAAACUUUUUAGAGUCAAUGACAACAUAUGUAAAUGAUAUGAAAUUCCAUUUAGUUGCUAUACUUAUUUGUGAUAAUGUUGCAUUAAUAACUGAAUGUGAUAGAAGUCAAUACAGAUAUAGAGAGUGUAUAAAGUCAGCUAUAAUAACAACAGAAACUGUACGCAGCUCAUGUAGUUUUUAUGCAGAUUCAUGAUUAUUAAUUUGACCAUUUUAUUUAUUGAUGCAUUUUGUUGUUAAUAAUUGUAUGUAUACACCUUUUUUGGUAUGAUCUUUUGUAUUGGAGGCUAAAAUGUUAUGAAGAAUGUAGCUCAGUUCUCACAAUUAUAAAUCUUCAGUACAUAGCUUCGACUGGUGGCUAUUUUUUUAUUAAUGAACUUGAUAUUCAAGUUUCAUUAAUAUGUUAGAUUGUUUUAGAUGAAAUCCUAAUCAUUGUAAAUAUAUUAUUUUUAUGAAUUAUUUGUUACUUUUAUUUUUUUAUUAUUUACUGAAGUGUAUAAUCUGAUGAGUUUUGUUUUAUAUAAAUUGCUGUGUGUGCCUGUAAAAUAGUUUCAGCUUUGUUUUUUUUUUAUAUAUGGACUUAUGUGGAGAAUUAAUGGUUGAAAUGAUGAUGAGAAUAGUUUAUUACUGGUAAUUGUAAUAAUAAAUAAUAUUCCUUCUAUGAAGUAUUCCUUGGGAUUAUUCAGAACACAUUAUUACUGUAACAAAACCACCAGAAGCAAUAUUAAGUUGUAAUUUUUUAAUUUACUAUUAUUUAUGUAUUCAUUUUACAAUUUAUAUUCAUGCAAAGUUAAUACAUGUUUUGUAUUUGUAUGAUAUUUAAUAAAUUUCUUUUUUAUAAAUGUGUAAUUAAGCUUUGUUGUGUAAAAUGCAUUUGGCUAAUGUAAUGCAAUGAAUAUUAAGCUUCUGGUACAUGAAUGUUAUAACUAUUCUGCUCAAUUUGUUAUCCAUAUUAGGGAACUUGUUUUGGAUUGUGGAUGUAAGUGUAUUUUUUAAUAAUCUGCAUGUAAUCAUACAUAGCACACCUAUAUCCUAAUUGUAGACAAAGUUAGCAGACACAAAAUAUUUUAAAAUUAAAUUACUUAACUAUUGAUAAGUACAGAUCAAAAGUUGGCUGUGCUGGAAAUAUAAAUGUAUUUAUAAUUUUAAUUCAUAAAAAAUAUUAGAUAUUGGGAUUGUUAUAGGUAAAAAUUCAAAUAUUGUGUUGAAACCAAUAGUCUCGUUUACAGAGACGCGAGGUUUGCGUGUAGAAGCUGAUCUGCCUGUGGAGUGAUCAGAUUUUGAGCAGAUAGUUUCUUACACUUAUAUUUAUAAUCUUUUUUUAUACUUGACAUAUUUAGUAAUCAAACUUAGCAUAUGCUUUUAUCAAACAAUGCAUAAAAUGAACAAAUACUUGAAUAAAUUGAUUACAUAUUAUUGUAUAUUAUUAUUUUGUUUUAUUUUUAAAUGAUAAAUUGUAAUAAAAAAAUAUUAAGACUGUUCACAAACUAUGUCAAAUGAAAUAGAUUAUAAAUAUGUAAGUGUAGCUCAUUUGCGGGAGCUUCAUCUUUACAGGAAAAGGCAUGAAACUCCACAUAUCUCAUGAGGGACCGCCUCUGUUUAAACAGAUCUAAAACAUGGGCCAUUUCAGUAGGAAGAACUGCCAUCAUACAUUUUCUGCCUUCAUAAUGUAAAUAAAUCAUAUGACAGAUCCCUAGAAUAAUUUAAUCAGGAAGAGUACAUGUCUGUAAGUAUUGAAAUACCAUAUAUAAAUAUUCAUAUAUAUAUAUCACAGUAGCCUUAGAUUUUUCUUUUGUACCAGUCAUAACCCCUUUUGAGAGCUGAAUAAAUACAACAUAAUGAA